UUUAGCUUUAGUUUCUGGAAUCUUCGUACCAAAGUCGCCGGAGAUCGGAAGCUAACACGGGAAGAUUUAGCCGGAAGAAAUGGCUUCGUUAGGUUUCAACCUCGGCUUCACCUUCUCCAAUGCACAAAUUCAGCAGCAUCGAAAAGUUUCCGGAGGUGGAAGAGCUCGCGUAAUCUCCUGUAACAGCUCUUCUUCUUCUUCUUCUCAAGCAUCAUCUCCUCAGGGGAUUUCUGCAGUGACGCCUCUUGAGAUAGAGCUCGAGUUCUUCGGUCCGAAGCCGGGUAGCGACGGGUCAUAUCCGGUAGAUAAAGCAAAGGCUGUGAGUGGAGAUAAGCUUCUCAGAAGCAUUAUGCAGGAUAACAAAAUUGAACUCUACGCUGCUUACGUGAGUUAUGUUGAUUUCUCUCUCUUUAAUUACGAAAUUUAACUUCAGAUUUUCUCAAUCUUAAUACAUUGAUUGAUUUGAUGUUUGAACUAGUUUCUGGAAUAAUUUAGUAGACAAUGAAAAUAUUUAGUUCUAGAUUUUGAUGUGAGGAGAUGGUUUGUUGAAGGCUUAUGUAAACUUUGGAUUUUGGUCAAUUUGUGAUGAUUAGGGGAAAGUGAUGAACUGUGGUGGUGGAGGAAGCUGUGGAACUUGCAUUGUGGAGGCAAGUGACUUCAUACAAUGUUAAUUAGAUUCUGAUUAUGAAUUUAUGAGCUAUGAUUGUUCUAGCAUUCAUGGAUAUCAAUGGAGGAAAAUAGAUUUGUGUUUGGUCUUCUUAUGAUGACCAGUAACUCAAAGCAAAAAAAUACACAUUUGGUCUUCUUGUGUGCAGAUACUCGAUGGCAGAGAUCUUCUGAAUGAGAGAACAGAUACAGAAAACCGGUACCUGAAAAAGAAGCCGGAAUCUUGGAGACUCGCAUGUCAAACAAUAGUAGGGAACAAAGAAAACUCAGGAAAGGUUGUCGUGCAGCGGAUUCCACAGUGGAAGAAGUGAAUUAAUGUAAAGGUUAUUUGUCUCAGAUUUAUGUGUAUAUAACACAUCUCUGUAUGAAUGUUGUCUCGUAUUAAUGGAAGAUUCGUUUGUCUAGACGUAUUUUUCUUUAGUUCUUGGAUAUGUGGUGCCAUGAUAGUGAAAUU